AAUUUAUGGAGGACGGGAAAGGAAGUUGCGAGUCGCACGACGACAGCGAUUUUUAGAACGACCUGUAAAUCUUAGUACCUAAAAACCUGCUUAAGCGGUGAUCAAAUUGAAUCAAUAGAUACUUCACAUCAUUAUGGCAGAUAUUCCAGAUUACGAGGGCGACGAUGAUAUCAUAGAGCAUUACGAGAACCAAGAAUCCGAUGACGAACGUGGCAGCCAUGGAGAAGCAGAGGAUGCGACUUCUGACAAUGAGACAGGAACUGCAAGGAGAAUCGAUCCAUCAAAGUCCAAGUCUAAGUCACACGUAGUAAGAAACCCUGUGCCCAAACUUAACACAGAAAGACUGACAGGCCCCAAUGGUAUCCAAACCAUCGAAAAGUAUUUCGAAGGCUUUAAAUUCUACGGCAAGGGACAUGAAAAAACGGACCUUGACAGAAUCAUGAAAAGACUGGAACAUUGGUCCUAUCGAUUAUUUCCCAAAUAUCAUUUUGAUGAUUUUCUCACGAGACUCGAGCAACUAGGUACGAAGAAAGAUUUACAGGUGUUUAUCAAGAAAUAUCGAUUGGAUAUGAUUACUUCGGAUGAUAAUUUGAUCACUAAUGAUAUGGAUAAAGAUGACGAGAAUGAACAGGAGGAAAGCGCGCCUUUGGAUAAUUUCGAUUUACUGAUAACAGAACAAAUUCAGAAACAAAAGCAAGCGGAAACACGGGCUUCUAUUGAUCCUCCAAGCACUUCAAAUGAGGAUGCAUUUGACAAGCUUUUAAUGCAGUCCAUUGGUACACAAAAUUCACAAAUACCAUAUACAGAUACUACCGCUAAUGAAAUGAGUGACGAACUGAAGCAAAAAAUCGAGAGGAACAAGCUAUUAGCUAUUCAAAGAAGACUCCAAAAGCAGAAAGAGCGCGAUGAAGAAGUUAAGAGAACAAAGUUCGAUGAUAUGAAUGUAGAAACUCUAAACAAAAGCAAUAAUCUUAAAAUCCAUAAUGAGACGAAUAUAUCCCAGGUAGACAGUAUAGCAUCACAAAUUAACGAAAAUACAAAUGAAGCAAUUGUUACUGAGACAAUACUACCAAAUGAAGAGCUAGUGAAUGAAACAGACCAUAUUUAAAAUAAAAUCUUGCAGUAGUUGUAAGUUUUGCUGUCCACAGAAGAUAUCAUAUAAAUACGUUUAUUAUACAGUAUAAAAAUUGUCUCAUCUCAAA